UUGUUCAAGUAAGCAGCUUGACAACAACCGUAGAGUUGAGAGACUUGACUUAAAUGCUCUACAUUCAGGACUGAACAUUGCGUCGAAAGACUAGUGGUUUUGCUAGUUCCAGAUUUUUGUCUUUUGCAGACACUGUCAAGUUCACAAAUGGUAUAACGUGGAGAAGUAUAGCCUACACGGUACUUAGUCCUUUUUGCGGUUGUGUAGUAUUAGUCCUAAGUGUGUAUUCGGAAUCGGCUUGUGUGGCGAACCCGGUCAACUUGACCUCGAAGAAGAAAUGGGAAUUUGCGGGUGCCAGUUGGCUACUAGCUAGCUGACCACGAAGUUGCCAGUAUUUUGUAGCCUACACCGGGUGGGCUACAGAAGAAAUUCCCUUCAACCGAUUUGUAAAAAGUCAACUUCGUGUACCAGAGAGGAUGCGGUGGAUGGUGUGCCACAGGGUGGGCCCCCUCUGGCUGUGGAAGGCUCUGCUGGUGUUCGCAGCCAUCGCCUUCGCUGGGCAGCUACUGGGAGUCAUCUUCAACAGGAGCAUCCAGCCGGAGCGUUCCCGUUCCCCUUUCCCGCUGUCGUCGUCUGACGUGUCUCUGGGCUCCUGCCGGCCGCACACACACCUUAUGUUCCUGAAGACGCACAAGACGGCCAGCAGCACCGUGCUCAACAUGCUGUACCGCUUCGGCGAGGAGCGCAACCUGAACUUCGCCCUGCCGCUGGGGUACCAGUUUGGAUACCCGCUCCCCUUCAACGCCCACCGGGUCAAAGGUUACCGGGGGCCCCGCAUCACAGAGUUCCACAUCAUGGGGAAUCACAUGAGAUUCAACAAACCGGAGGUGGAGAAGGUGAUGCCGGCAGACACCUUCUACUUCUCCAUCGUCCGUGACCCCGUGGCCCUGGCCGAAUCGUCCUAUGCCUACUACAAGGCCGUGGCUCCCGCGUUCAAGAAAGCCAAGAUCCUGGGCGAGUUUGCAGAGGACCCCCGGAAGUACUAUAACCCCCGGCUGCGGUUCAACCACCUGGCCCGCAACGCCCUCUGGUUCGACUUCGGCAUGGACCACAACGCCAACUUCUCGACCGUGCUGGCGAAGCGCGGCGUGGCGGCGGUGCGGAAGGCGUUCCGGCUGAUCCUCGUGUCGGAGUACUUCGACCAGUCCAUGGUCCUGCUCCGACACGCCCUCUGCUGGCCGCUGGACGCCGUUGUCUCCUUCAGCCUCAACGCCCGGCAGCAGACGGCCGGCGGACGCGGCGGCGUCGCCGACAGCUGGGUGGGGAAGGCGGUGGCAGGGGUCGGCGUAGGGAUAGGCUCCGCCUCCUUGGGGGGCGCCUCCCCGCACGGCCUGGCCCUGACGGAGGAACAGCGUCUGAAGCUGCGCGACUGGAACGCCCUGGACUGGCAUCUCUACCAGGCCUUCAACAAGACCUUCUGGGAGGAGGUGGAGCGGUUUGGGCGGGCGAGGAUGGAGGCGGAGGUGGGCCACCUCCAGACCCGACGAGAGGUUUUGGCCCGCGUCUGUCUUCGGGACGGAGGGAGGCCCGUUGAGGCCAACCGGAUCCGGGACAAGACCAUCCGGCCGUACCAGAGCGGCCUGGUGAAGAUCCUGGGCUACGAGCUCCAGCCUGGGCUCGACAACGCUACCCGUCAGGCCUGCUUGAGGAUGAUUAGGCCCGAGAUCCAGUACAAGGACCAUCUGGAUGCCAGGCAGUUUCCCAGGGCGGCGGGCCAGGCUCCGGUGAUCCCCCCUGGGGGCGCACACGUCAGGAAAGACCCAGGCUCUCCCCCUCGGCCAGGGGAGCUGAGGGGGAGUAUGGGGGAGGAGCAGAGGGACUGGGAUGGGAGUCGGCUAGCCAGGAAUCACAGCUUGGCGAGGGCUGAGCGGAAAGAUCAGAUGAGAUAGUUAGCUGUGAAGAAUUAAGGGAAUGGGAAGGAGUUUACAUAACUAAGAACAACUGGACUACAAAUUUCAACCUCUGAAUGAAAUACUACACUUGUCUGGUCUGGACUAGACUGGACUGGACUAAACUGGUCUGGACUGGUCUGGACUGGUCUGGACUGGUCUGGACUGGGGCCUUGGUGGUUCUCUUGGCUGGGAGGAGGAAAAAAGAGAGAGGGGGAGAGAGGGAAAAAGAACAAAAAACACUUUCUCCAAAUUUGCGCCAUUCUUCUUGCCUGUCUUUGUCACUCCUUCUAACCGUCUUCUGGUUGGACGAGACUUUCGAGGUGGGGCUGUCGGGUUUGUGGGGGUCAAAGGUUAGAACGUUGGCAUUAGAUCGUUUCCCGAGCAAACUGCGGUUAGCUUCUGAAACGGUUCCAGUCUAGCAUGUUGAAAACAUUCCGCCAGGCUGUCAUCGCCCUUCUGUGAUACCUGCAGAUGGACAUGCACAGAGAGAAUCAGCUGAUGUGUGUUAGGGCAUAGACACACUUUGGAACACCGGUUCCUUUAUCCAAGACCCUACAGCGCAGAGAAUGAAAUCCAUAUGAACUCCACGCAGUAGGACAGUAAAUCUCACGUUGGCUCCGCCCCCAGAAUGCUGAGUGCAAUGUUUGUGCCUGGGAUUUCCGGAGUAGGACCCCAUGUGCUGUGAAUGUGAACACUAGGCUUCAUCACACAGUCACGGCCAUGUCCCUGAGCUUGGAUUAGGGAGGGAUGAGGCAGGAGGACGAGAGAGAGAGAGGGA